AUGCCUCCAUCCCCUCCUUGCGGUAGCGGUGAUGACAACGGCGCGGUGAUACCAACGACAGCGGGACUUCCUGUGGAACCGACUUGCCCCGACAAAGAAGUUGAGGCUUCAGCCCCCCGCAAUCCCAUAGCGGAGACCCAUGCAACGGGAGUACCAUCGCACCAAAGUUCCUCGCCUGGGUGUCCAGGGACAACGUCCCUUGAGAAGGCUCGAGCGCAGACGACUUCAGAAAGAUCUGAACGACUGAUAGAAUCCGUAUCUUCAAUUGCAGACUCGACUAUUCAAACAGGGUCGAUAUUCGACGAUCAAGUCAGCCAGCAGUCCAUCUCAGAUACGACAGCCAGCUCGUUUUCUGAAGACGAUUCCCUUGGCCCGUUCCAAGAAGGACACCAAAAGCCCUGCAGCAUAGAUGGCGACCACAGUGAUGACUCCUCCGAAAACAACUUUGGGCAAGACGAGGAACGACUCGAGUCAGACGACAAAUAUCCACUGGAGAGUUCUAUUCGAAGGGUGCUAGCUGCCAGCCCAAAGUAUGCCGACGCCGUAGUCGACGUCCUUCAACGUCGACUUCAAGAUUUCAUACCGCGAGGCCAUGAUUCUUCGGAGGUAUCAACACUGCUCACGGGUAUUCUACGCACCUUGGGAAAUUAUGUGGAAUAUGAAGCGGUCGAUGGAGGAAGUUCCUCAAACGGAAAGCGUUCGACUGGCAAUAAUGGGGCAGGAACGCAAAGUUCAGCAACAUCUGCCAGUGCUGCCAUUUCGACCCACCUAUCACCGCCUUUGCAACUCAAGAGGGACAAGGAUGAAGAUGAAGAUGAAGAUAAGAAACGAGAGGUGCCGCCGGCCAAAAGGGCUCGGCGCGACGAGCCAAGCAAACACUUGCUUUGUCCCUACUUCAUCGGGUAUCGGAACUUGGUGGGUGGAGCUUGUCGAGCGCCGACCUCGUUCAGGACAUUCAGUGAUCUGAAGAAUCAUUUGCGCUCGAUGCACUUUGGGGGCUCUCGGGACGAACUGCACAUGGACGAGGACGAUUGGAAAGCUAUCGAAGAAGUACUUAAGGAAGCCAGCCAAAUGAGGCCCAAGAAAGGCACCGACGCUUCCUAUAAGAAGCAUUUGGGCACUUUUCAGAAAGUCUGGGGCGUUCUGUUUCCGAACCGUGACCCUUGGGCCCAGUCUCCUUUCUGCGAGGACUAUGAGGAUCUCAUUACAGAAGAAGCAGUCUGCGAGAACCACGAGGACUUCAUUACAGAAAAGAUUGAAUUGCUGUCCCGUUCCAUAUUCGACCCUGAGGCCCAGCAAGCUUUCGAACGCCGCGAAGUCUCCAGCCCGACUGAGUUUCGCGCAUCUCGUGACAUGGUUGGCGAGAUGCUGAAGAGACUCUGGGAAAUCGUCGCAGUUCACAGGCCCGAAGUCGCAGACCAAUUUCACGACAUAUUCGAUUCGACCACUACAGGCAUGAUGGGUGACCAACGGAUCGGGUCUCAGAACAUAUCUGUCGAUGAGGAUCCCGGCCUCUCAAGAGCCGCCGCAGAUACACAGGAGCCGGGGCCAUCACACCCACCGCAGGUGACAUUCAAAUUACCCCUUUAUGGGAGAGAAGAUUUCUCUCAUCCAGGCUCAAAUUCUGUAGCCUCUCAUGAGACAUUGGUUCAGCCAGACUCAGCAAUCCCCCAUUCCAAGGGCGGAAAGAACUUCUGUGACCAGGGACCUCGAGAGACGGGCCCGCGGCACAUACAGCGGGACUCUUCGCAAACUUUUGGCAACAUGAAUAAUCAUCCGCAAGAAGACUCUGCGGGGGACCCAUCGUCUCAGAUACCGAAAUCUUCGUUAGCUGAGGAGCCUGCGACUUAUUUUCUAGAUGAGAUGGACAUUUCGAUGCCACCCGACAGUGGCUUUGACUGGGACAUGUGGCAGCGGGAAGAAUCCGCGAGUACCUUGGUCGAUUGGGACUCGUUUCUUCCACCUCAAUUGAACGAAUAUACUGGAGAAUCAUGA